AUGGUGAAAAAAGGACCAGAGAUCUGGCCAGGCCCUUCUGGCAUGCAGGAGACCAGGCGGUUGGCAUGGAGUCGUCAGGAUACCGGCAAACCUGAUGUUUUGAUCUGGGCAGGAGGUUUGGAAUGCGGUAGCUUCGCGGACCGCGCGGAUCGUCCCCCUUGCGAGCGGAACGGGAGAUGGACAGCACAGACGCGACGGCGGUGGAUGGGCGAUGGCAGAAGUAGCACUUACGCUUAG